CCCCACGCUGCGCCGCGCCAUCGCCACCGCCAUGGAGGGCACGCCCGGGCCCGUGUUCGUGGAGCUGCCCAUCGAUGUCCUCUACCCCUUCCACGUGGUGCAGAAGGAGCUCGGGGGCUCCAAAACCCCGGGGGCUGCGGGGGAAACUCGUCCAGUGGUACCUGCGGAAUUACCUGGCCGAUCUCUUUGCGGGGGCCUGGGAGCCGCGGGAGCUGCGCCCGCUGGGGCUGAGCAUCCCCAGGGCCACCCCGCAGCAGGUCCAGCAGUGCUCGGAGCUCCUGAGCCGGGCUCAGCGGCCGCUGCUGCUCGUGGGCAGUCAGGCCCUGCUGCCCCCAACGCCGGCUGAGGAGCUGCG